AUGUCAGCCGAUUCCGACCAACAUCGACCGUCAUUUCGCUUUCGUGAUAAAUUUUCGCGUUUUAAGAAUCGUGUGAAAGAUAAAAUCCGAGAUAAAGCAAUCAAACACAAUGUUACCCUCUUCGUCCAUCAUAACUUGACAACAAACGACACACACGAUAGUUAUUCUUCGAGUUCUCACCACGGUUUUCGUGAUCGCUACCAUCAUUACAAAGAUGCGCUAAAAAACAAAACACAUUAUGAAUCGAUCAAACAUAAAAUCAAAGAUAAAAUCGAUGAUACAUUCGAUUUAAAUGAUAAUAAAACUUAUCCGAAAGGUUUUUAUGAUUCAUUGUUUAGUCCUGAAACCGAGAAUGACGUCUAUUUACAAACGGCCCUUAUAUGUCUAUGGGUUAUCGCCCUUCUAUGUAUAAUACCGACGAUUAUUGUCAUAUUUUUACCAGCGAGAAAGAAAACUCGAACAACAACGAGUACAAAUAUGAUAUUUUUUCAUGUGUUUCUCUGUGAACUUUGUUAUCUUACUUAUAUUUUAUUGGCAAUGAUAAACGUCGGAAAAGAUUUUCGUCUAGGAUCAUUAUUUUGCGAUAUUGCAAACUAUGGUACGUAG